AAUUGAGAUUGAUCAAUUCAAACCCCAUUGAAAAUAGAUCAUACUUUCUGCCAAUUUUGAUUGAACUCUAUGUUUGUUUAGUGCCCUUUGUUAUCGCCAAUCAAUCACUGACCCCUCUUUGCUCCCUAUUCCUAUUCCUCCCUUUUCUUCAUUGCCCACAUAUUUUAUUUUUGUAAAGUUUGUGACUUUGUAUUACAAAGAUGACCAGUGCUGGGUUUAGGGCUUCAAUUCCGAGCAGUGUGAAGAAGACGAUCCAGAACAUUAAGGAGAUCACAGGUAAUCACAGUGAUGAAGACAUCUAUGCAAUGCUCAAGGAAUGUUCUAUGGAUCCCAAUGAGACCACUCAGAAGCUCCUCCUUCAGGACACAUUUCACGAGGUCAAAAGAAAGAGGGACAGAAGAAAGGAGAUUCUUAACAACAGGGAAUCCAUGGAGCCACGUUGGAGGCCUGGCACACAAGGGCGGGGGCUUAGGGGUGGUCGGGGAAAUUUUUCACCUCAUAAUGUAUCAUAUGAUGCUGGUAGUAGCAAGAAUUCUGGAACAGGCAAAGAUAACGGAACCCAUCAAGUCACUGAGAAAGUUGCGCCACCUUUAGCAGCUUCUCAAGAGACAAUAUCUAAAGAAAAAAGUUCUGGAACAAGCUCUGCACCCAUUAUUGCCAAUGGUCCUACAAGUGUAGCUUCUGGAACUACUAGUGGUGUGACUCCUUCCCCUUCAUCUGCUGGAAGUGGAGACAUAAUGGGUCCAUCUUCUGGUGAUAAUAAUAAUAAUGUGGAUAGUGCUUUGCCUUCUGAUAGUUCAAAUAAAGUUGAAACCGUUGCUUCUGGACCCGCAUCUUCAUCUGCUGUCUAUUUCUCUUCUUCAGAACCAGUACCGGUUCCAUCUGAGGAUUUAUGGUUUCCUGGUGCUGUUGGUGCUAUUAGACACGAAGUGGGAAGCCAACAAUCUCUUGGAGAAUUAAAUGCUCUUAACUCUGCUGAGACCAAAUUAACUGCUGCUUCUGAGACUGGUAGCUCUUUUGUGCAAGGAAAGAUUCAAGGAAAAUCCCAGGGAGUGGCAAAGAUUCAUGUUACUGAGAUGGCACCUACUUCAUCAACAGUAACUCAUGGGAGCCCUUCCUCUAGUCGGCCUUCCUCUAAUUACAGCAGCCGGUCGCAACAAUUAGUUGGCCCUCAGAAAGCUGGUUCUAAUAAGGAGUGGAAACCAAAGCCAACAAAUACGAUUAAUCAGGGUUCUGGAACUGCUAGUGCAUCUGAGGCUCCUUCUGUUUCAGCCAAAGUAACUGGGCAGUUACUGUCUGCAUCUAGUGCCCUUGACUCUGAAGAAGCUACUUCAAAACUGCAGAGGAAGCUGGAGGAUUUUCAUCUUCCACAGCGUCAACAUGUUAUCCUUCCAAACCAUAUCAUUGUGCCUGAUUCUGAGAAGAACAAGUUUAGCUUUGGAAGUUUGGGAGUCACUUUUGGAGUUAAUGCAAACUAUGUUAGUGGCCCAGAGAGCGAAAAAAGUUCUACAUAUCUUUCUGAAACAUCUCAGGAUAUUGAAGAAACUGUGGGGGAGCAGGACUCAAGUCAAAAUGCUGUGGUUACUUCUGAGGUGGGAGAUUAUCCUGACCAUCCAGAAUCACCCACUAAUGUACCUGAGAAUUUAUCAUCCAGUGAGGUUGAUGGGUCAUCCGGUGCUAUUCAGGAGUAUAAUGAGUCCAAGCAAGACACUGCUUUGCCAUCUGGAGGUCAUCAGUACUCAGGGGUGCAUACUUCUCCUAACUACAAUUUUGGUUUUGUGCCCCCAAUGUUGGGUACUCAGGUUACACCACUUGACAAUUCUGAGUCUCAAACACGUGAUAUUUCUAGGCUUCCAAGCUAUGUUGUCCAUCAACCAUUUGAUCCAACUAGUUAUUAUGCCCAGUUUUACCGCUCAGGUGCUGAUAGUGAUGGUCAUCUUUCUCCUUUUCCUUCUGCUGGGCCUACCACCAAGUACAAUGGCAAUGUUACAGUUCUGCCUGCACCAAAUUCUCAGUCUCCUCAAGAGGGAGGUGUCUUGUCGUCUACAAGUCCAUCACCACUCGUGACUCAAGCUGCUGGGCUGAUGCAAAGCUCAAUAGCUGUUACUCAGCAGCCUGUCCCUGUGUUCCGACCAACUGGGGUUCAUUUAUCCCAUUACCCUCCUAACUACAUUCCUUAUGGUCACUAUUUUUCACCAUAUUACGUCCCACCUCCUGCAAUCCAUCAAUUUUUGGGUAAUGGUGCAUUUCCUCAACAACCUCAGGCCAGCACUGUAUAUCCACCUCCCCCAGCUAUGGCUGCCGCAGGAAUGAAAUAUCCUCUUUCACAUUUCAAACCUGGAGCAAAUGCAGCAAACCCAACUCACCUUGUAAUGCCAAGUGCCUAUGGAGUAUAUGGCUCCUCUCCAGCUGGUUACAGUCAUAAUUCUGCAACCACUGCAGGGAAUUCAGCCUCUAAUGAGGAUCUUGGUUCCUCCCAGUUCAAGGAAAGUAAUGUAUACAUCAGCGGACAACAGAGCGAAGGUUCAGCAGUGUGGUUGGCUGCACCUGGCCGAGACAUUAGCAAUUUGCCCACUAGUUCAUUCUACAAUGUUCCACCUCAGGGUCAGCAUGUGACAUUUGCCCCUACUCAGGCGGGUCAUGGCACCUUUGCAGGCAUCUAUCACCCUGCACAAACAGUGACAGCCGCAGCAGUUCAUCCACUGCUACAACAAUCCCAGACAAUGGCUGGAGCAGUUGAUAUGGUAGGACCUGGAGGCAAUGUUUAUCAGCAGCCUCAGCAUGCACAGAUGAAUUGGCCGAGCAACUACUGAGGCAGAGUGUCUUUCUGACAGCUAAAUUGAGUCCUAUCUGGGGAAAAACUUUGGCAAACACCAAAAUAUGGUUGGAUUUCCAUGAGGAGAACAUGGCAAUCGGCUACAUUUGAGUUUAAGAAGCUGAAAACUUUGCCAAUAUGAUCUUCUGAUGCUUCGGUUGAGGACAUGAAAGGUAGGACACCUGUAACCGAUAUUGACCAUUAAAGUUAGACGAGGUAGAAACAUAUGCAGGCCUUCUCUUUUUUACUCCUGCUAUUUCGUGUUACCAUUAAUACCUUUUCAUAGCUCCAAGCUUUUCCCCUCCCUUUCUUUUAUUCAGGUCCUUGAAGUAUUGUUGAGUGAUGAAAAAUGUUGAUUCUUUUUUUUUUUUAGUUUGAAUUUAUAGGGUUUGGAAGGUUUAGGUUGUUGGGGAAAGCUUUUCUAUUGCCCCUUGUCUUACCUGUAAAGUGAAUUUUGAUAGCAAGAAAAUUGUUUACUUAAGCUGUUGUAUUGCUAUGGGCAAAGUAAACUUCCGAUUGUCUUCAGCUAAGUAAUGAUGCAUCAAUAGAUUCAAUACUGCUUGUCAUGGUUUACAGAAAAGUUGGGUUUAGUCUUAGGGACACAUGUGCAAUUGAUUCUAAUGAUAGAUCUGUGGAAUUUUUUAUUUUUUAUUUAUU